UGAGACUCCAUUGGAUUGUAAUCAUCGUCAUGUCGGAUUUAUGUAAACUACAACAUUGUAACAAAAUGGCGACUGUUUAGGUCACGUCAGUAAUGCAGGACAGCACUGUUAUUUCUUACAACUCAACUGAUACAAGUCAAGGUCGUUGGGUAACAGUCCAAACCUUCAAGGAAUUUACAUUCGGGCUACUUCUGUCUUCUUUUGUGAGGUGACGUGAGUUUGGAUGAAGAUUUACAGGAGGAUUGUAAAUGUAUUAAUGCCGAGGUGGAACAGUACCUAUAUUUUUUUUGUUGUUGUUGACCUUUUCAUGAUGUGCUGGAUGUACCAAAUGUUUCACAACAAGAGGGAAUCUCUAUGGGUAAUUUUUUCCUGAAUAUCAUCGAUUUAACCAUGGCGAAACUUACCAAUCCUCUAUAUACAGAGUGGAUUCUAGAAGCAAUACAGAAAAUCAAAAGGCAAAAACAGAGGCCUUCCGAGGAGCGGAUUUGUCAUGCGGUGGCUACCUCGCACAGAUUGGGCAAGCGGACCGUUCUGGAGCAGUUGGAGUUAAGUGUUCACCAUGGUUCCAUUCUCAAAGUCACCAAUAAGGGGAACGUGUCGUACAAAGACCCCGAGCACCCUGGGAGAGGAUUAUUAUCACCAUCAUCAUCGUCAUCGCUCAAACCUGUAAGUGCAAACCUCUCUAUUGCAUCAUCUAAAGGAUCUAUAUGGAAACAGAGUGACCUACGUGGCGUUGAUUGGAAUAAAGUCCUGAGGAGGGCCAUUGAGGGUCUGGACGAUAGCCGUGGUUCCUCUCUGAAGAACAUCCAGAGGUACCUAAGGAACCAGGAUGAUCCAUCACACGUCCAGGACAACCCAGGGUUCCAGCAGAGGUUACGGCUGGCCGCUAAAUGGGCGGUCAAAAACGGCCGGCUGGCGAAGGAUGGUCCGCGCUACAGGUUGAACCAGGGAGUUAAUGGAGCUGAGGGUAGGAGCCAGAGUUGUCCAGGUGCUUCCCCAUUGGCUCUUCUGUGUGUCACUCUUCUUCCACAUGAGAGCGACCAGCUACGCGCUGACCCCAUCCCAAUAUGCAGUUUCUGUUUGGGAACGAAAGAGUCCAAUCGGGACAAGAGGUCAGAGGAGCUUCUGUCCUGUGCAGACUGUGGAAGCAGCGGGCACCCGUCUUGUUUGAAGUUUUCCCCAGAGCUGACCACUAACGCCAAGAGAUUGCGAUGGCAAUGUAUAGAAUGUAAAACAUGUAGCUCCUGUCAAAUGCAAGGCAGAAACGCUGAUGAGAUGCUGUUCUGUGACUCCUGUGAUCGGGGGUUUCACAUGGAGUGCUGCGACCCGCCUCUCUUAAGGAUGCCAACAGGUACCUGGGUCUGUCAGGUCUGCAGGCCCAAGGAAAAUGGAAAGACAUUUCUGCAUAUGAAAGCCGAUCAGAUCAAACGUCGCUAUGCAAAGCCAAUCGGGAGGCCCAGAAAUAAGCUCAAACAAAGAAUGUCUGUAAGCAGUGGUGCCGGCUCCGUGCUAGCCCGGGGAGGAAGGGGGUCACCUGGUAGGGGUCAAAAGCUUACCGUCUGUUCCACACCUUCAUCUGGUCAUGCAGCAUCUGUGAAGAACUCCACAGACAGAUUGGCUGUUGCUACAGCUGACCCCUGUUGGGCAGGUGACGCUGUCACCCCUCCUCCCCAAUUCACCACCUCCUCCUCCACCCUCUCCACCACUCCCCCCCUCACGCCCACCUCGUCCUCCUCCUCCACCCCAACAGCUAUACUCACCGUUAACAAGAAAACCAAAGGGCUUAUCGACGGGCUUUCCAAAUUCUUUACACCCUCGCCUGUCGGUCGUAGGUCGUCGCGAGCCGGCGAGAUCUUAGACCCCUCAGCCUCGAAAGGGUCACAGUCUUGUUGUCCUGCUAGGAAAAAGCCUGUCCCUCCGCCAGAACUAUGGAAACUAAGUCCAUCUCCGUCAGUUGUUGUUGGCAUGGCUGCAAAGCUAACCACCACCACCCUAUCUCCCUGUACACUCCCCCUCUCUCCCCCACCCACGUUGCCUGGACAGGGCUCCACCACCUCCCAGGUAUUCUCCACCUCUGCUAACUCCCCCCAGAGUUCUUCCAGCCAGUCUAGUGUCCCCUCCCUUACUAUUUUGUCUGAUCACAACCAGCUUAAGGGACUCUUUGACGGACUCUCCCAUAUCUAUACCACUCAGGGACAGUCUCGGAAAAAGGGACUGCCUUGCUAUGCACCACCUAAGCGCAGGCACCAUAAGGCAUCCAAAACGUGUCCUCUCAUUCCCCAUCCUUCCCAGCAGCACCUUGGAAAGAAAGAGAGAAUAAAGAAUCGGUUGCUUUUGUUGUCCCAUUCAUCUCCUAACGCCUCUUCCCAUCCUGGGCACGGCCGGCCAAGGGGGCGCCCCUUUAAGUUGGUCAGUCAUUUCAGACGUAACCCCUUUUUUAAAAAGCACAGAAUGCUAGGCAGGCUAAGAUGUAGAAUGACCCCUCAGAAGGGAACCCAGGAAAUGACCCCUCAGAAGGGAACCCAGGAAACACCAGGAAAGGGAGACAUGACAGACGAAGGAAGAAUUAAGACAGAGCACCAUCAUGGCAGUGAAGUGGGGCUGAGGGUGAAGCAGGAACCUGGUUUUGUGGCCGUCUCCAGGGAACACGUCACAGAGGAAGACGUGGAGAUAUUCACACAGGUCCAAGAGCUCUCGUCGCAGAGAAAUGGAACCAUGGCCAUCACUGACUAUGGACGAUUCCCUGCCUUCAUAGAGUUUGGGAAGUAUUGUAUCCAAACUUGGUACUCUUCUCCUUACCCACCUGAAUACUCGAGAUUGCAAAAGCUUUACCUGUGUGAGUUCUGUCUGAAGUACAUGAGAAGCAAAAACAUCCUACAGCGACACACCAAGAAGUGUGGCUGCUUUCACCCUCCGGCCAAUGAGAUUUACAGGAAGGACGACCUUUCAGUGUUCGAGGUUGACGGAAAUGUCAGCAAGCUCUUCUGCCAAAACCUCUGCCUGUUAGCCAAGCUGUUCCUCGAUCACAAGACCCUAUAUUACGACGUGGAGCCUUUCCUUUUUUACAUACUAACAAAGAACGACGACAAAGGAUGUCACCUUGUGGGUUAUUUCUCCAAGGAAAAGCUUUGCCAGCAGAAGUACAAUGUCUCCUGUAUAAUGAUCAUGCCUCAGUACCAAAGGCAAGGCUUUGGAAGGUUCCUCAUUGAUUUCAGUUACCUUCUCACGAGGCAGGAAGGACAAGCUGGCUCCCCAGAGAAGCCUCUGUCAGAUCUGGGUCGCUUAUCCUACCUGGCAUAUUGGAAAAGUGUCAUGGUGGAGUACCUCUAUAAGCAGCCAGAUAAACACAUCAGCAUUAAAGGAAUAAGCAAGGCCACUGGGAUGUGCCCACAUGACAUUACUGCUACUCUCCAAAACCUCCGCAUGAUUGACAGACAGGACGGCAGGUUUGUGGUGAUCCGAAGAGAGCGAUUGAUCCAGAGACACAUGGAGAAGCUGCGAGUCACCCCCAGGCUGAACCAGGUCGACCCUGACGCCCUGCACUGGACCCCCGCUGUGGCCCUCAACUCUGUCCUGUCUGAGGAGGAGAGAGAGGCUGAGAUGGAUGCUGAGCGACUUAAGGAGCAGGCUAGUUGUUGGGAGAAGGAGGAGAGAGAGGUGGUCUACCUGAUGACUCACCCUCGUCCUCCCACUAAGGUCUACAGUAAGAAGCCCUACAGAACCUACCAGCGUCACCACGCCGCCGGAGAACAAGGCUUGCGCGUCUCUGAGGAGUGCAGUGAGGACGAUGAGGAUGGUUUUGAUUGGUCGCUACCCAUCCUAGCAAAGGCCCACACCGUACUUGGAGUCAAGAGAAAGAGAGAUGAGAGAGCUCUGGUCCUCAAGAAGAGAGGUCAGGAGAGGAGAGGGAUAAGUAGCAGUGUGACAACUGAGACCAUCUCGGAGACGACGGAGGUUCUGAAGGAACCGUUUGCCAACUCGUCGGACGAGAGGCCCCUGUUGGAGAGGACCUGCAGGGUGGGAGAGACUGAGGAGGAGCUGCUUAGGAAACCAGUAAAGAGACGCAGAGGUCGUCCACGACUAGAGAAAAACAUGUACAGAGACAAUCACUGGAACGAAGGGGCCGGUGUGCUAGUGAAGAAACCGGGCAGACCUCGAGCAGUAAAGCGCAAGAAGGGCUGGCCCAAAGGAGUGAAACGGGGGCCUCCAAAAUGGCGUCUGAAGAAGGAGAGGAAGAUGGGAUUCAAGCUGAACCUGUACACACCCCCGGAGACGCCGCUGGAGGCCGAGGAGCCCCACAUCCAGGCCGAAGAGCCAAAGGAGGAGCUGGACCAGGCCUCUCCCAUCACGGAGGCAGGGUUAGAGCCCGGCAGAGGCCUGGCCAGCCGGGAGAUGGACAAGAAUCUAGCCCUGGAGCCUUCAGAGCCACAAAGUCCCAUGGAGGAAGAGCACUCCCCUGGGUUGUCUCCUGUGACUUCUCCCAUGGCCUGUUCUCUGGUAGCCUCCCCUAUAGCCUCUAGAGAUAGCUCCCCCGUCUGCUCCCCCAUCUGCUCCCCCGUCUGCUCCCCCGCCUGCUCCCCCAGUCGUGACAACAGUCAGGAGGUGUCAGAGCCACCAGAGGAUGACCCACAGGACAAGGAGCACGGGGCCUCUCCAUCCCCCUCUCUGUCUCCACCCAAAGAGCUGAAACACAGCACUGAACAAUCGGCUGAGGAGGAAGAGGCCACGCACCUGGAUGCAGACGAUGAAGACGAAAGUCACAUUGAGUCGACAGCAGAGCUAGAGCAACACGUAGACGUGCAGCAGCUGGAGCCAGGACCUCGUGAAGAGCCUCCUAAAGCCCAGUCCUACAUCCCAGCCGCUUUUCUCCAUCUGAACCGUGAGGAUUAUGAACAAUGUCAGAAGGAGGAGUCCAUAGUCGUGACUUAUCGGUGCGAGCAGCCUGCCAACACCGGAGAAGAGAGAAGCAAACAUAUCCAGGAACAGGCGCCUACAACAGCAGCAGCAGUAGCUGUAGUCUCCGACCACCCUGUUGACUCAGAGAGCAGCAGUCAGAAGGCUCCUCACCAGCCACAGCAGACACAGAACGCUAGAGAGACGCUUGGAGCGCUGAGUCCUGCUGUCGUACUAAGAGACAGAGAGGAGAACAGAGAUGAGAUGGAUCCCCCGGUGUACCCUGAGCCUGAUGUGGACCAGGAGACAGCCCAGGCCGUACAGAGCCUCACCCAGGAGACGGAGCGCGACCCAGAGACAGAUAGCGUCAGCUGUGUGUUCCACCAGGACUGUGUGGAGAGAGAGACCCAGGAGGCAUGCCGGAGCCUACAGACUUACACCCACCACGUGACCCCCCAGAGUCCCCCUCACACCCUAACUUCGCUGGACGAAUGCUGCCCCCAGUCUGACCACAGCAGCCCCCUGUCCUCGGCCCACUCACACCCCAGCCAGUCAGUGCGCUCCGUCAGCAGUCCGGUUGUGUCCACCCUGGAGAGUAGUGGAGGCAGCGUUCCGGUUGUGUCCACCCUGGAGAGUAGUGGAGGCAGCGUUCCGGUUGUGUCCACCCUGGAGAGUAGUGGAGGCAGCGUUCCGGUUGUGUCCACCCUGGAGAGUAGUGGAGGCAGCGUUCUGGCUGUGUCCACCCUGGAGAGUAGUGGAGGCAGCGUUCCGGUUGUGUCCACCCUGGAGAGUAGUGGAGGCAGCGUUCCGGUUGUGUCCACCCUGGAGAGUAGUGGAGGCAGCGUUCUGGUUGUGUCCACCCUGGAGAGUAGUGGAGGCAGCGUUCCGGUUGUGUCCACCCUGGAGAGUAGUGGAGGCAGCGUUCCGGUUGUGUCCACCCUGGAGAGUAGUGGAGGCAGCGUUCCGGUUGUGUCCACCCUGGAGAGUAGUGGAGGCUACACCCAGAUUAGCCCAGACCACGCCUCCAUCUCUGUCCCCUCCUCCCUCCACAACAUGGCAACCAGCCCCAUGAUGGAUGUGCCGUCAGUGUCAGACCACUCGUCCCAGCAGGUGGUGGACAGCGGCUUCAGUGACCUGGGCUCCAUCGAGAGCACCACAGAGAACUACGAGAACCCCAGCUCCUAUGACUCCACUCUGGGGGGCAGCAUCUGCGGCGGGGCCGGGGGUCCCUCUCAGAACAGCUGCUCCUACGGGCCCCUCCCCCCUAGCGGCCUGGCGCAGAGCAGCUGUGCCGUCAACCCUGGCAGCUGUGGUAUGAUUCAGCAGAAUAACCUGAGCUCCCCGCAGCACUGCAACGUCAAGUCACCACAGGGCUGUGUGGGAGUGGUGGAGAGACCACCGAGUCACAGCCAACACAGUCACAGCCAACACAGUCACAGCCAACACAGUCACAGCCAACACAGUCACAGUCAUACAAUCCCACACAACCCCUAUGGCCAUACUAGGCACACAAUCACUCCACACAGUCUGCCUCACGGUGCGCCACACAAUCAACACAGCCAGCUAACGCAACACAACCCAUACACACACCCUGCACACAGCCAGCUACAUAGUGUACGACACAAUCAGCUCAGCCAGCACGGUCAACACACCCUUCACACUCAACACGGCACCAGCCAGCACAGCCACUGUCAACAGCAGACCAUGGCACAGUGUGUCAUUCCCACCAACUUCACAGUGCCCAUGCAGCUAGCUGACAGCCCAGAUUCAAGCAGCUCCAACCUGAGCAGCUUCUAUGACAGGAUGAACCAGGAGGGUUAUAGCAGCGGUCAUUACUCCCAGCCCUCGGCCACCUUCAGCCUGGCCAAACUACAACAGUUGACCAACACCCUGAUCGACCACCCUCAUUCGCUGCCUUUCAACCACUCAGCCUCCCACCCCCACACCAUCACAUCCUAUACAAACAGUGCCUCCCUGUCAUCGCACUCUCAGCACUCUGGCCUGGUGUCUCUAUCCCAGUCCCCACAUCCCCAUGUCCCCCACGGGGUCACUCCUCACCCUGGGGCCUCCCAGGUCCAAGUACAGGCCACCAUGACACCCCCUCCGCCCUCCUCCCACCCCCUUAGCUCCCCUCAGAUGAUGCUACAACGCAACGCCAUGGGUAUCCCCAACAUCACCCCCUCCCAGAGGACUCUACAGGCUCAGAUGGCCUCCGGGGGACACAAGGGCCCCACACACAUCUCCAUGCGCUCCAAGUCAGCAGCCCCUGGUCACUCCGCCCACCAGCAGCAGAUGUACAGCCAUGUCCAUGGGGCCCCCCAGACAGUCUCCAUGCAGGCCCCCUCAUCCCGGACACUUGCUGCCAUGCCCAGGGGCAUGAACAUAAUGCCAGCCUCCUACAACCACGCUGUGAACAUGCCCACUGCCGCCGCCAUCAACCACGCCAUGAAUGGCUACCGCGUCAACGGUGGUUACCCUGGCAGCCAGAUGUCGAGUCAACAGAUGGCUGCGGCCUACAUGAACCAGUCGUCCGGGUCCCAGUACGCCUCUAUGCAGAUGGGCAUGAUGGGAACGCAACCAUACCCCCAACAGCCCAUGCAGGCUCCGCCCCACGGCAACAUGAGGUUCUCUUCAGCUGGUCACCAUGGAUACAUGACCAACGCCGGACCGAUGUCCAAGCAGACACUCAAAGGGCCUUUCGUCAGACGGUAACCCGCGGUUACUAACAUAACAGUUAACGAAAUGAUAACUACCGACAGACUGAAUCAAUCUGACUGGAUGUUUAAAUCACACAAAUGUGCAUUAUUAAUUAUUAUUCUUAUUACUAUUAGUCCCUGAUGCACACAUUUGGCCUUUUGGUUGUUGAUAAUGUUUGUUUGUUGUAAUUUUGUUCAUAGUUACUUAAAAACCAGCACUUAGAAAGAAUGCAGCAAGUUUGAUCAACAAGCAAACUUUCUACAAAAAGCUACUAUCUAUCUAUGUCAAAGUAUUUUUGUUCCUAACAGAUGGGGAAGCCUUACGUCAUAAAGAUGAACAUUUAUUUAAUUAGUAUUAGUUUCCCUGAUCAGUCCGUAGGGCAGGCAGGGUAGGGGGCCGGGGGGGAGACGGGCGAGAGAUUUCAUCACCUGGAGGGAGAGCGCGAGUGUAGUUAUGUAGCAGCCUCAAAACGAAGCCAUCUAAUGUGCCUGCUACAAACAGACUUAAACAAGUGGAUAUUCCUAGAACCUGUUCAGUGUACCUGUCUAACAGUGCUGACAAUUAGUUUGUACUAUACUCAUGCCUUUGUAUAUUUAAAUUAUUGUAGUUAUUUUGUAAAGUGACAAUUAGCAUGCAUCGGUCUUCGGUCUCCAUUAGUAACAGUGUUGUGCUUAAUAGCAAGACAUUUUAAAGACAUGUUGGCCUUUUGUUAGGUUCCCCUCGCUUACAAAGCGGGGAGAAAGAUGAAACUAUAUUUUGUUAAUUCUAAUAAUACUGUAAAAAAACAAAUGUGUCAACUUCUUUAAUCCUGUUGUUCUGUACGGUUGAGAGGUUUUAUUACCAUAUAUGUAUAAUUCUGAAGUCUUUUCUAACAGAUAUCUUUGAUGCAGCGUUCUGUUUUAUAAUACAGGAGACUUCUGGCAAGAUAAAUAAGCAUAUUGCACCCCUCACUCUGAUUUUGUUUUUAAAUUUCAGAGGUGUACCAAUGUCCAAAAGUGUUGACAAAAAAAUAAAAAUAAUAAUAAAGAAAUAUAAAUUUAGUCCUAAGUUGAUAUUUUACAAUUUCUUUAAAAAAAAGUUACAUUUUCAUUCCAUCUGUAGAUUUGUUUUCUAUCUUGAUAAAAUGGUGGAUUUAUAUUUUACAAAGUGUAGGAGAAGAGAGGAUGUAAAUAUACCAAACUAAGCUAACAGAUUGCAUGUAAAAAGCCACUUGUACUUGUGUUUUUGUUAAUAUUGCUCUUUUGUAGCCUUUGUACCUGUACAGAACGGCUGGUAGGGACAGUCACAGGGGGAGACCUGGCUAUGUGCACAAACAAUUGGACAGAAUGACAGUCUUGUAUUUAUGACUUUUCUCCUUUGGCAGUCACUUAUAAAUGCUGUACAUUUUAGCAUAAAAUAAAUGAUGAUUGACCAUG